AAGAACGCCGGGGGCGAAGGUCGAGGCCGUUUCCGGGCCGGGUUCCUGGGCGCUCGCUGCUCCCGCCGCGCCGAUCGCCAUGGCGCAGCCGCCGCCCGACGUGGAGGACGACUCCUGCCUGCCUGAGUACCGCCACCUCUUCCACCCGGACCUGCUCCGGGACAAAGUGGCGUUUAUCACUGGCGGUGGCUCUGGGAUUGGGUUCCGGAUUGCUGAGAUUUUCAUGAGGCAUGGCUGCCACACAGUCAUCGCCAGCCGGAGCCUGCCAAGAGUGUCUAUGGCUGCCAAGAAGCUAGCUGCUGCCACUGGCCAGCGGUGCCUCCCUCUGUCUAUGGACGUCCGAGCGCCCCCAGCCGUCAUGGCUGCUGUGGACCAGGCACUAAAGGAGUUUGGCAAAAUCGACAUUCUCAUUAACUGUGCAGCUGGGAAUUUCCUCUGCCCUGCGAGCGCGUUGUCCUUCAACGCCUUCAAGACUGUGAUGGACAUCGACACCGUUGGCACUUUCAACGUGUCCCGCGUGCUCUACGAGAAGUUCUUCCGGGUAGGUGUCCUCCCGGCUGAGCCUCCUGUCUUCUGGUCACCUGCUCACUGCCCCCGCCCCCCCCAUGUGUUGCAGGACCAUGGAGGGGUGAUCGUGAACAUCACUGCGACCCUGGGGAACCGGGGCCAGGUGCUCCAGGUGCAUGCGGGCUCAGCCAAGGCAGCCAUGGACGCAAUGACGCGGCACUUGGCUGUGGAGUGGGGCCCCCGGAACAUCCGUGUCAACAGCCUUGCCCCCGGCCCCAUCAGUGGCACAGAGGGAUUGCGGCGCCUGGGUGGCCCCCAGGCCAGCGUGAAUACAGAGGUCCUGGUGAGCCCCCUGCAAAGGCUGGGGAACAAGACGGAGGUCGCCCACAGCGCGCUCUACCUGGCCAGCCCGCUGGCCUCCUACGUGACAGGGGCCGUGCUGGUGGUUGACGGUGGGGCCUGGCUGACGUUCCCAAACGACGUCAGGCGGCUGGCAAAUUUCGGAUCCUUCUCUGCUAAGCUCUAGUGGUCCAAGGGGUCUUGGGUCUGCCUCCCUGGUGCCCAGAACCUGGGAAGCUGAAAGGGCAGUUGGAAGACGGCAGAUCGUCCCUGACAGGUGUCUGUCAAAGAAGGAAUGAGAAAUGCUUGUCAGAAAUGUGAAGAUUUAACUUUUGGCUCUUCGAUCAUCACAUGCGAUUUGGACAAUUUUUACACAGUGGGGAGGAGAAUGAUGUGACCCGGAGCUUCACCUCUUUGGAAAGUGACAGGUGGCUGAGGGAGCUCUGCUCCCUGCGCAGACCUCCCCUGCCGGCUCCGGGCCCCCCCAGCUUGGCCUGGGGAGGUGUGGUGGGCACAGAGGGGCUCUGAAGAGCUCCAGGCAGUGGGGGCUGGAUGCGCUGUCAUCAGGAAGACAGGAAGCAGGUGCUAGCAACUUCAGAGUGAAAUGUUAAAAUAAGAAAUUUUUCAAGCCCUCUGGCUGAGUCAGGAGGAGUUAAAUGGUGCCUUACAAACUCAUGUUCUAUUUUUACUCUAAGAAAUGUACUUUACCCAAUCUGAAGGUGAGACUAAAAGUCCUUCCCCACUGAAUAAAAGAUCAGUAAACACAAGUGAGGCUCUGUGCUCUCGACCGCUGGAGAGUGUGAUCUGGACCUAAAUCUGACUUCUCGCCAAGUUCCUUACUGAAUGCAAAUUUUAAUCUAGUUUUCAAAGUUGCAAAUUAAAAAUAUUUGGCAGGUA